AUGAAUAAAAUUUUCAAAGUGAUAUUACAGGUUGCUGAUGUUCGUGUUGGUCUUUCUCAAAUUGGCUAUGACUUGGAUACAUUACAGGCAACAGUUUCUGGUUUGGAUGGCAAGAUAAUGUCAUUGGAAGACAAACAGAGAACCAUAUAUGUAUUCUCGAAAGAAGAGUUGCACUUAGAUGAUCAGGGGAUGGAUCUUGCAAAUGUUGGUGUGCUGUAUCUGUUGAACGUAGCUCAGGGGAAAAGAGUGAAAAUGCCCAAAUUCCUGCAGGAUCAAGUUGAACACUUUGGCAAGUCUGGUGGUUCUCUCACUUGCUCUGAAUCACAAAGUCUCAAGGGUCUGAAGGAGAUAGCAGGCCCUUUAACAUCAAUAAAUUUCAGUCGUUCAAUAACAGAUGGCACCACACAAGACGGCAUUGAUAACUUGGAUGAUAUUCCUAGAACCCUGACGAGGUACUAA